AUGGAUCAAAAGCAGAUCGAAGAUGCACUUGGUGAUUCGGAUUUUUCAUUUUCGGAUGCAAGUGCUGAUGACAGCGAUGGCGAUCCUCUUUUUCAACUAUCGGAAAGUGGUGAUGAAUCCAGUGGUGAUGAAUCCCUUCCAGUACAACUUAAUGUUGAUAAUGAUAAUAUAUCAUCAAACUGGUAUCCUGUUACAGGUAAUUACCAAAAAUAUUUUAUUUUUGAAAACGAUUACCCGUUACCUAUAGAAAUGUUAGCUAAUAAAGAGCCAUAUGACUAUUUUAAAUUAUUUCUUACUGACGAUAUACUAAACUGUAUGGUCUUGGAAACCAAUAGAAAUGCUGAACAAUAUCUAAAAAGUAUUAGACUGUCACGUAGUAGUAGAUUCCAUUCAUGGGAACCCAUAGUAUUAGAGAAUAUGACGAAAUUUAUUGGAUUAUUACUUUGGAUGGGUGUAGUAAAAUAUCCGAACAUUGCUGAUUACUGGAGUAAAGCGGAAAGAUAUGAAAAUAGUGUAGCUCCAAAAAUUAUGAGCAGAAACAAAUUUGAACUAAUAUUACGUUUCUGGCAUUUUUCCGAUAACGAAACAAGUGAUAAGUCCGAUCGUUUGUACAAAAUAAGGAAUAUUCUUGAUAAAAUUAAUUUCAAUUUCGAACAUGUCCGGGAAAUACUGUCUUAA